AGGGGCGGCGUUGCCAUGGCGGCGACCCUGGGGCAAGUGCUGGCGCUGGUGCUGGUGGCCGCUCUGUGGGGUGGCACACAGCCGCUGCUGAAGCGGGCCUCCUCCCGCCUGCCAGUUCAUGAGAGGACCUGGGUCCAGCAGUUGCUGCAGGAAAUGAAGACCCUCUUCUUGAAUACUGAGUACCUGAUGCCCUUUUUCCUCAACCAGUGUGGCUCCCUUCUCUACUACCUCACCUUGGCAUCAACAGAUCUGACCCUCGCGGUACCCAUCAGUAACUCUCUGGCCAUCGUCUUUACACUGAUUGUUGGGAAGGCCCUUGGAGAAGAUAUUGGUGGAAAACGAGCAUUCACAGGCAUGGUGCUCACCGUGGCAGGAAUUACUCUCUGCAUCACAAGCUCAGUGAACAAGACUCAGGGGCAACCGUCUACGCUUUGAGUGGGCCAAGGCCAUCCUCCAGCUCUGCUGUCCAGGGAGCCCCUGGGCCAGGAGGUAGAGCAUGAGCAUGCGGACUUAGCCCUCCCCUCCCCUCCCCCCACCCCAUCCCAGCCUCAACUUCAUCUCUUGGGAUAAUAGCUACCUCAUGGAUCAUAAUAAGAGAACAAGACGAGUUCUGUCUUGGUGCAGCAGAAACGAAUCUGACUAGGAACCAUGAGGUUGCGGGUUUGAUCCCUGGCCUCGCUCAGUGGGUUAAGGGUCCAGCGUUGCCGCGAGCUGUGGUGUAGGUUGCAGAUGCGGCUUGGAUCUGGCCUUGCUGUUGCUCUGGUGUAGGCUGGCAGCUGUAGCUUCGAGUCGACUGACCCCUAGCCUGGGAACCUCCAUAUGCUGCAGGUGUGGCCCUAAAAAGAAAAAAGAAAAAAAAGAGAGAGAACAAGAGUGAGAGGGUUUUGUAACUUUCAAGUGCCGUUCAACUGCUGGGAUUCAGCGCAAGAAACUUCACAAUCACCUUCAGCAACCUUUUUGCCCCAGCAGCACUCUUGCUGUCAUGUCAGGUCCCCAGAUCUGACACUGUUACUAUGGCCUGAUCUGGAGUGUCCCAGCAGCAUGCUUGGUGGACUGCAGAAUCCCAGCUGCAAGGAGAGCGCCAGCUAUACUCUUUGAGCCAGAAAUGCCAACAGGAGGCCUCCAGGCUCAGCCUUGGCUGGCUAAGGAGGAACUGAGGGGGAGGUGCACAAGAACGGCAGAAUGUAGGAGGCAGAUGUAGGACUUCCCUUUGCGGCUCAGGGGAAACAAACCUGACUAGCAUCCAUGAGGGUUCAGGUUUAAUCCCUGGCCUCACUCAGUGGGUUAAGGAUCGGUGUUGCCAUGAGCUGUGGUGUAGGUCACGACUUGGCUCCGAUCCCACAUUGCUUGGCUGUGACAUUGGUCAGCAGCUGCAGCUCCGACUCGACCCUUAGCCUGGCACUUCUGUGUGCCUAAAACAACAACAAAAAGGACAGCAGAUGUAGGGCAAGGGGAGCUGGCUCUUAGUCUUGCCUGUCCCUCCCAUGAGGCAGGUGGAAAUCCUCAACUGCUGUCCCCCUCAAACAGAUAAACAACUGUGAGUCCCCACACUGCCUGACUCCAGCAUGUGGCGCAAUGCUGGCCAGCAGUUGUCUGUAAUAAAUCUGCAGGAAACAGGUGGAGGA